AUGGUUAUCUGGUGCCCAGACCUGUUCGCCUGGAAAUCUGUCAAGUUUCCAGAGGAGCUGGCGUGUGUGAUUGGAAUGACGUAUUCGGAGAGUACCCGUCCUUCAAAAACUACUCAUUAGCGAUGCACGCUGUCAUCAUUUUUGUCCCUGUGGUUUUCAUAGCAAUACGUUUAUUGCUUUAAAAGUCAAAUCCCAGAAGAUUCCAGGAGAGCAAUCAACUAACACAAGAGAAAAACGCUUGAAAAGAGAGCGAAAUGUUCUUAAACUGUCCGUUACCAUCGUGUUGGGAUUUGCAUUGUGUUGGCUUCCCCUAAGUAAUGUGUGGUUCAUGAUGAAUUUCAACUUAGACCGAACAAUAACAUCAUCUUGAGGCUUCUAUUACUUCUGGUCUGUUACCUUAUUUCUAGCUAUGUCGAACUGCGUGAUCAACCCUUGGAUCUGUGUAUGUUUUGGUGGAAAUUAUCGUCAGGGUCUCAAGAAUCUCCUCUGUCAGUUGCUCUUCUUUUGGUCCUGACGUUGAUCAAGAUGCACCGUAGUGUGACACCCGGGGCUCUAAGACGCUAUUUCACUAAAGGAUUAAUUUCUUAAUGAGUAUUUUCAUUUCAGACUACGAUAAAGUCAACAGGGUAAUUAGAGAGCCUAGAGUGAAACAUCUUAUUGAAAAAACCAUAAUGAAUUUUUUGAUCUAGUGAUUCAUGAUUAAAAGGAAUGGUGUGAAUUGUCCGCUUGAAGUCUUUUUAAGACAUGAUAGAUCAAAAUAAGGACUAGUUCUGGUUAAAAACUGAUUGUUUUAUUGCUGAAAGUGGCAUUUAGAAAUUAUCAGAAAGACGUUAUACUGAACUCCCUCUAUACAACACUGAAAUUUGCACACAAAUUGUAAGCAUUCUUAUCUUCCUUUGUCAGUUCACUUACUACAAAAAUAUACAUAGAUAAACUUAUCGCUAGAGAUGCUUUGAUCAACGGUCAAACCGUUCUUUGAACUUUUGCGCAACGACUGUUUUUGUGAGCUGUAUUAAUCUGAUCACAUAAUUUAAUGACUUUUUUCAAACGUACCACAUUGAAGACAAGUAUGAUGUAAUUUACUGGACAAAAAGAGAUGAAAUAAAAUGUUUAUCAAUAGCUGAGUCGAGUUUGUACAUUACCAUAAUUGUCCUAAUCAUUGUUUGAAGUAGUAUUCCCUUUCAAGAUGACGAUGCAGAAUGGAAACACGAUGGUAAAUAAUAUAAAG